CACUGAUAACAGCCGCUGAGAGUAUAAACUAGGACGCGAGUUUAAAAAUUAGGAAAAGGUGUAUAGUUUUAAAUAAUAUAUUAAACUACCUGAAUAUUAGUUAGUGGAUAACUGAACACCGAAGAAUCAAAAUGCCGACAGAAAUAGCUUUCCGAAAAGGGAGCGAGUUCCCGGCGCUUGAACCCGGAAAGCUACGAGUGUACAGUAUGAGAUUUUGUCCAUAUGCUCAGAGGGCCCGUAUUCUACUGAUACACAGAAAUAUAGAGUUUGAGACAAUCAAUAUAAAUUUAAAAGAAAAGCCAGAAUGGUUUCUAGAACUAGCUCCACUUGGCACAGUUCCAGCAAUACAAAAAGAUGACAUCACUAUUUACGAUUCACCCAUUGUAUGUCAAUAUCUUGACGAAACUUGCCCAGGUGAAAAGCUCACACCAACCGAUCCUUUGCAGAAAGCUAAAGAUGCCAUGUUGCUAGAAAGAUACUCCAAGAAAAUCGUGACGCCUUUCUACAAAAUGGCAAGCACUCAGUCCCCCGAGGCUCUUCAAGAACUAAUGACCGGCCUCAACGUCCUGGAAGAUGAGCUGAAAUUAAGGGGUCAAAAAUUCUUUGGAGGAGAAAAACCAAUGCUGAUAGAUUUUAUGAUCUGGCCUCACAUGGAGCGUGUAGUUGGUAUGGGGCAAAUCAAUGACAAAGUGGCCAUUAAGCCAGAUCGUUUCCCGUUUCUGUCAGCCUGGAUAGAGAACAUCACCUCAGUCCCAGCGGUAAAAGAGACCAUUUGCUCAGAAGAGAACUUUAUAAAGCUUGUAGUAGCUAGGAAGGAGGGAAAGGAGAUAUAUGAUAUUGGACUAGAGGAAUAAGGAAUUUCAUCAUGCGUGAUUUAACUGUAGUUUUGUGUUAAGUAGACAGUACUAAAAGCUUUCUAUGUACAAAGUACUCUGGCAAUUAACUGUAGAAUCGAGCUCGUGGUUGAUUAGUACACGUGGGUGACAUUACAGCUGAUUUGAAACGAACUAUUACGUCAGUGCCAAUGAAGAAAUGUAGUCUGAUUUUUGCAAAAUAAAAAUCUGCUGAUGCCUGUA